UGGUGCCAUUGUUCAGUUUUUAAAAACCAUACAGCUUAAGAAAUCUAAAAAGUACUUAUUUUUAAAGAUGUGUGGUAUGAGGGGGCACAUAAUUGUGUUUACAGAUCUUGCAUUACGAUGUUUGCUUGAAACCUAUGCUGCCAGUUACGGGGAAAGGAAUGAAGAACCUUUAGCCAAACGCAUAAAGAAUGAUAAAACAGAAAAGGAAAUGAACACUUUGGCCAAGGAAGGAAAUGAACGAAGUGUCCCAGAGAAGCAGACCCCUGUGGCUGGCAUUGUUAUUGCGCUCUGUUGUCACCACAGGUGUGACUGGAGACAUUAUGUGGGCAAAGAGUAUUUCAGGGCGCUAGGCCUUGGAGCAGUGGAAUUCUACUACUUCCAGCGAAUGAGUAGUUGGGCGACCUGUGGGUUAAGGAAAACUUCUUUGGAAGCCUCAGAUAUUACUGCAAAGAGAAAAGAUACUCAAAAUGAUGCCACUGAGGAGCAUGACAGCGGCGGGUACGGAAGCACGGAUGACAGCUCUGACAGUUUACCUGGGAUUCUUACUGUUGAAGAAAAGAAGAAAAUAGGGCAUCUUUGCAAAUUGCUGAUUGACCAAGGCCGAGUCCAGUAUUUACAGCAGAAAGGGUUCAGUCCUGCCUUACAGUACUAUAUAGACCCUUUGGUGUCUUUGGAAAAUGUACUGUUAACUGCUUUACCAACUCAGCGUUCAUCACCGGAAACAACUGGUUAAUGGGAAAGAAAUGUGAACAACAUCUGUCUUCCAUAAACAAAACAUUUAAAUCUGUUUUAAAUUAUAUUUUUAUAUUCACAAAAACACAAAUAGCAGGUAAUAUGAACUUUGAAAAAUACUGUGGCCUCAUUAAAAAAAAAGCAAUAGUUUUUUUGUACUUUCAAAGCCCAGAGAUUCACCAAAUUCCCAAAGUAUUCCUUGUCGUCAGGGCAUAUUGAAUUAUAUUAUCCAUUAGAGUUUAUAGAGAUGGGUAGUGUAGUCAAAGACUUGACUUGAUCAUCUGAAACAUACAUAACACAUCAACACAUGAUUAGAAUAGAAACUCUGUUAAUUUGGUAAAUUUACUUGUCUUUGGUUUUAGUUGAUAUUUUUCAUUUUUCAAGCUCAAGAUGUGAUGAUCAGUUUGUAAUAAGGAUCAGUCUUUAUGUGGAUUCUUUUUUUUUCUCUACAGAUCUGGAAAGUGUAAUUGUAGUUUUUCCAAGUGCAAUGCAGAACCAUCCUGCAUUUAUACACUGUCAGAAUUUGUUCAUGACACCAAAACUAAAGAAAGAAUUUUAAGAAAAAAAUAAUCUACUUCACUUUAGUUCUUUGUUUGAUAAUUACAAAGUUUGACCUUGCAAAAUGUUACUUGUAAGCAUAAACCACAAAUCAAAUUUGAAAUUUGCAAUAACUUCUGAAGUUAAUCAGGUGUCUCCUAUCUUUUACUACCGUCCCUUUUUAAAAAUAAAUGUUAGCAUUAAAAAAAAAAAAAAAAAGGCCAGUUGUGGGGAUGCACACUUUUAAUCCCA